AUGACCGUAACGCCUAGUAACGGCUCCAACGUCAUGCAGCAACGAUGGACUCCUCGCAACCUUCUUGGCAUUGGACUGGUCCUGUCACUCAUCACCAACAUUUGGCUCCUAUCGAAUUGGAAUUCCGACAGUUCGCUGCCUGAUAUCAAGUCCUCGCACUCUCUGAUAAUUGAUGGUCCAGCCAAGAUUCUGAAAACGUGCAAGGCUGGUCCAUGCGCUGAUGUUGCAUCGCUUGAUCAUCUUGUAAUGGUGCCUUGCCAUGCUGUUUAUAUCGGAUCAAACUUAUCAGACUCGGCGAAUGAGAACAACUGGUAUUUGGAACAACACCAAAAGGGUCAAGUUGAUGUCUAUCUAUCUCAUAUAAGACAGGGGAUUCAGAUGUUGAGAGAAGAGGGUACAAUACUGGUCUUUUCUGGUGGUCAAACCAGGCUGCCUGCUGGUCAUCGCAGUGAAGCCUCGUCGUACUGGUUGGUGGCAGACUCCAUGUUGUGGUUUGGAUUCAACGAAACCCUUCCGGACUUGCCGAAUCGAGUCACGACCGAGGAAUUCGCCAAAGAUUCGUUUGAAAAUCUGCUCUUUAGUAUCUGUCGCUUCCGUGAGUUUACUGGUCGCUAUCCUCGUCGGAUUACCGUGGUUGGCUUUGAAUUCAAAAGGAGGCGCUUCGAAUCACUUCACCGCCGUGCAAUUCAAUUCCCAAUGAGCCAGUUUGACUACAAGGGAUUUGAUCCUCCUGGAACUUUGUUAGAAGAGUCAGAACUUGUACAUGCAGUGAGACCGUUUGAAAAGGACCCUUAUGGAUGUCAUCAAGGGAGUCUGUUGGACAAGAAAAUUGGUAGAAAUCCCUUCAAUAGAUACCCUCCAUAUGAGAAAUCAUGCCCAGAGAUACGUCAUUUGCUUGCCUACUGCCCCGAUGACAAGACGAGUCUGUUCACUGGGAAGCUACCUUGGCUCUGA